AAAUCGAUAUUGAAGAACAAAAGAUGAAAUUAGCUGAAAGGCAAUUAGCAUAUUGUAGAGCUCAAGCUGAAAUUGAAAAAUUAGAAUUAGAAAAUAUUAAAUUACGUAAAGAGCUUGAAAAUAAUUAG